GCCAGGCCCGAGCGAUGCUUCGAGGCGCACCUGGUGGCUCUCGGAGACGUGUGUCCCGAGUUAAUCCCCCCUCUCUCCCUAAUCCUCAAUCCCCUCUCUUCCUCUACUCCAGUGCGAUCCCGUCGAUCCUGUCCGGCCGAGCUAGACCAAGCCAGAGCGCUGCGCGGGGAGGGUUGCUGCCGCUUGCAAAGUGCGAUGUCGAGGGCGGGCGCGGAGGGAGCUCGACGGCUGCGCGAGUUCAUGCCGUCCCCGCCGCACAUGCAGCAGAAGCGCCCGGACGUCCCGGCGUCCCCGAUGUUCGCGCCCGCCGCGCUGGCCGAGUCCUCGAGCGAGGAGCUGCGCGCCCCGCCGCCGCCCCCUCCGCCCCAGGCGCAGGCGGCCGUGGUGGGUCGGCCUCCGCACCCCCGGCGCCGAGCAAGAAGCCCGACGGCGGCGUGGUGGACGCCUUCUGCGUCCAGGUCAACGUGCCCCGCCGCGUCCGCGCACCGCGUGGAGUUCGCGCGAAGGACGGCGUCGGAGCAAAAAGGCUGCAGUAGUCGCAUGGCGCAGUCGUCAUCACGUUGCCGUUGUCGUCCUCCUCCUGGUAGACGCAGCGGUACGCGCCGUCCUGGGCGCCCUGCUCAGCGUCCGCACCACGCGCGCCAGCCGGAACCGCGCGUUGGCGCCGUUAUUGGAGAGGAGCACGGCGGCGCCGUCUCAUGCGGAAGAGGCAGUUGGCCAGGGGCCAGCAUGGCACUCCUUGCCUAUGUAGUAGUUGGGCGUGAUGGUCAACAUGGACACCACCAGCACGUUCAAGCCCCUGGGCGCGACCUGGAGCAGGUUCCUGGCGACUCCCACGAAGACGAGCCCGGCGAGGUGCACGUUGCGCACGUCCUUGCGGAGGUUGUAGCGGUUGACGAUCAUGCCGGCGAAGGACGCCGUCGGGGCGAAGAGGCUGCAGUUGACAACGAGGAUGUCGAUGUCCUCCGGGGCGACCUUGGUCUUGGCGAGCAGGUUGUCGAUGGCGGAGAAGACGAUGAGCUCGACCUCGGCGCGGGAGGACUCGAGGCCCCAGCACUCGAGCAGGCGCGACAUGAACCGGACGCUGCGCUCGUCGAAGCCCGGCCACACGCGGGCGUGCUCCUGGACGCGGCGAACGGGACGCGGCAGCUGGGGCUGGUGCGGAGGAGUCCAGGUGCCGAGAGCACCCAUGGUCGCAGGGAGCUGGCGGUGGACAUGAUGAGUAGAGGAACCUCCGGCGCGCUCAACGUGUUCGACGAAAUGAGAUGCCAAACCUGGCAACCAAUCAACAGGUCAUCUACGUUUUUGACCCUAUUUUUCCUCGCCCAGGCCAUGCUCAGCCCGGCUUGUUUUUGCUCUCCUAGCCAGGCCCGGUGGAGAAACUAACCAAACACGCCCCUGGAGACGGAAGCAAUAGCAAGUGAGCAGGAAAACAGAAGCAGCAACAAGAGUGUCCCGUGACAACAUGCAAGCUUUUUCAUCUGGCCUCGCUGCACCUACUCCAGAAUUAAAUGGGACUGCGGUCGUUCUGUCAGAUAAGAAUCCAAAGGGGGUGCCUCCACUCCCUCCGGUAUAUGUCUUGCCACGUAAGAACAUCAAACGACCAAAGAAGGGGCUGCCAAAGCAUCUCGGAGAAGGGGAAGACGGUACAACUGAUUCAGCAAAUGCAUUAUCGGCGGGCUCCCCAGGGGGGCACCGCCGGGCACAAUGAGUUAUAUAUGUUGGAACUGUCGGGGCGCAGGCAAGGCCUCGACAGUUCGCGAACUUCGCGAUUUAGCGAAGAACUAUGCCCCUACUGUGCUUGCACA